UCUUCGCUGGUUUUCUUGGUGCCUUCCAAUGCUGCUGUAACUGCUCUCUCGCAUCGCCCUCUUGAUCGCUUCUCCCUACUUCUUUCCUACCUCUUUACCAAUGGUCGCGAUCGAUUGCAGCACUUAUAAUUGGUGUCUGUUUCUAGUUCAUGAGAAUGAAUGGCGUGCAAGGUGGAUGAGUAGCUAGAGGCAGUUCAGGGGAGUGAUAAGAGAGUAAUGGAAGAGUUGGUCUCUGCUUUUACAAGUCCUCUUGUGAGUUGUACCAUGAUGCUGUUACGACACUGCUAAGUGUUCGCGUGCCUUUUCCCUGUUUGUUUCCGUUUUAAUGAGGGAUCGAACGAGAUUUAUGUUCAAAUACGAUCGUUUCAGGUAUCACAGAUACCUUGGAUUAGUUUCGAUGUACAAGUGCGAGUUCAAGUAUUCUGCAUAUUUAAUUCCCGGACUAGCUUUGGUGAUUGGGUGACAAGUCUAGUUUGAACGGUCAUCAACAGCAUGUGAAUCAGCCAAAAUAGAUCAAUCAUGGACCAAAAACUAUUCAGGAACUUGUCAAUUACUAUAGAUUCUUUGCAGGUUGGGAGUGCUAGGUAAUUGUGUAUGGGUUUUGCUUUGAAACGAAAGUGGUUAGGUUGUUUUAGAUUCAUCUUCUGCAGUUUACAGCUAUCGGUUAACGUCAAGCUGGCAGAUAGCAUUAUCACAUUGAAAUAAUCUAACAAAAUUUAGAUAAAUUGCACUCCAAGAAUAAGCAGAUCUGUACAUGGUUACACUCAGCUUUGCAGUGUUAACAACAGGAUCAUAUCAAUGUCAAUCCAUUAAUUUAUUCUGUACUCCUAAUUUAAUGUUGUAGAUUAUUUUCAUUUGAAAGUGCAACACGAUUUAUUUGAAUAAACGGCCUCUCGUCUAAAGACCUUGGAAGUUGAAAUUCCCGAAAUUAUCAUCAGCAUUAGAUUGUUGACAGAGCUUCGCGAUCCUCGUUGAAACUGUAUCAAGAGUCUAGGCCGUCGGUAAUAUUUUUGUAACCCGAUUUCAAUUCGCAAUUCUUUCCUAGAUUAGUGAAAAAAGAUGGUGGUUCCCGUAGGGUUUUACCCCACGGAGAGUCUCUCCUUUGUCGAGUGAGUCAACUUUUUGCACAUUUGGUACCCUGUAUGUGCAACUCAGUGCUCGCAUAUUAUACCUCAAUCCUGAGGGCCGCGAUUACAAUAACUGACCAUUGAACUUCGAAGAAUAAGACAAAAAAGCUUCUGCUCAUCUAAUUUGGAGCACCCUCAGAGCAUUGGAGGCAUAGCUCAAUUGGAAUUGGAAGGGAGACGAAACCGCAUUCAGAAGACUUGCCGGUUGCUGUAUGAGGACACCAGACAUCCUUCUAGCAAUCUAUCGUCUUCCAAGUUUACAUUGAUCAAGAGCUGCCAAUCUGUUAAAGGUUAUCAAAUGAUGCCGACGAGGAGGCAAAUGAUUUGUGAUGAGGAGCUUCGGUUGCGUAAUGGCAAGGAGAACUCUGCUGGAAGGGGCUUUCCGAGAACCUCGGAGAUUCUAUGCCCCGAAUCAACGAGUUCUGCAGUAGCAAUUUUUGAACAGCCAGAACUAAGAGCGUAUAAGCUCGGAAAACAGAAGUGCUCUUACAAUCAAGUGGAGCUCGUUAUUCAGGAUUUAAGUGGUGGCAAGGUAACAGAACUGAGAGUUUCAGAGGCAAUCGAAACUGUUGUGGGAUCUGAGGUGGAGGAGCAACUACGUGAGAGUUGUCUGAAGUUCCAUGUACGCUUCGUCAACAACUUUCGCAUUCAAUUGUACAUUUACGUUGUUUAUGCGAUUCCCUAUGGAACAACUAGACCCGACAAGAACACUAUAUUGUAUCAUUGGAUGCCUGUGACACGGUCGAAAUGCCGGAAAGGUUGCACCGGUUCUGUUAUUCGAGGUCUUCAACGAUUUGGUAGAAUGCCCCGAAGGGGAGCCGCGGCAGUGGAUGGAGAAGAUACCUGGAAGGAGCCUCGACAUUUAUAUAUCGCAAUUGACGAAGCCAGCACUCACGUUUGCCCUAGACACGAGACCUCAAAAUUCAGACUUCUUGUUGCGGCCUACGAUGAUAAGCAUCAGUUACUUGGAACCACAGUUUCGAGCAGCAUUCGAGUUCUUGCUAACAACGACGCUCCUCUUGGUGCUGCUUCUUUCAAGCUACAUUGUAACUUGAAAGGUGUUACAGGUUCUUCACCUCUUCGAAGUAGCAGGGCGCAAAUGAGUGAUCAUCCAAUAUCAGUUCAGUACCGCUUACCUCUUCAAGCUCUUCCGCCGAAUACGAGCCCUUCAAGGUCAAAAGCACCAGCAACUGAAGAGGUGCCGAAGAAUGAGCCACCUCUCUUUACAGACUCAAUGUUGCUCCUUCCUUCUACGAGAAAAGAGAGCCGCCAAAUCUCAAGGAAGCAGGUGGUAGCCGCUAGGAGUGACGAGCAAUGGAAGAAUGCUUUGAAGGGCCUUCAUGGCGAUGUCAACGACCAUCUUGUAGCUAAUGUUACCGACCGGGUUUUGGAAGCUUGCUCGUUAAAGCCGGUUGAGUCAAUUAUAUCCCUGAGGAUAUUAGCCAAGGAUCUUGGAUCAAAGCGAGAGGUCUUAGCUGGGAUCUUCAGCGUCCUCCAAAGUGUUGGCGUUGUGCACCAAUGUGAUAAAGAAAAGUUCAUAUGGCUGGGUAGUUCAAACGUGAUAUUCACUCUAACAAGACUGUCCAAGGAAGUAAAGCAAAACGCAAGAAAAAAACCAAUGGCGACGGGUGCAGGAACCAGAUUUGAUUUUAACACGUCUCUGCUAGAGCAGCCAACUUUCCGACCCACUGGUGGAAGUACAUCAGAGAGCCAGGCGAUGGACAACUCAAUGUGUAGUCUGAGCAAGAGACUUAUCCGACUGUUCUUGAUGGACGUGACCGCUCCUGUUUCAUGGGAUCAAGUUCUGACUAUCUUCCUUGAUAAUCAUCAAGAAAAGGAUUAUAAAGAUAAUUUUUUGACCGGAAGAAGGUUACUAGAUAGCUUGAGAAUUUUGGGAACUCUGCACCUGAUCAGGAGAUGUCUAACCAGAAGAUGUUCACAAUCAGCUACCUACCAAUGGCUUGGUGGAGAAGCAGUAACUAAUCGUUUGAACAGUCUCUCUGGAAAUUGUUUGGAAUUUACAACUGGGUCUACCACGUUGCAAAAAGUUGUUUGCAGCCCCUCUCACUUCUUGAGAUCAUCAAGGUAUGCAAUAGCAAGAAGACGGAAGAGUUUCGGUACUGAAUCACAUUGCUCUUUUCACCAUGACGCAAAUACCAAGAACUCGAUCCAACGUUCUCAGCAGUUGGUGGAAUCGGUUGCCACUCAGAAACAGUUUGAAAAUAAAAUCGAAAUUCCCCGGAGAUCGAAAAGAAGAUUGGCAAUCACAGAUGAAGUUGAAAGUGAACAGUUCUCUGCUGUCUGUCAACAAGAAACUACCCGUAAAAAUCUCAGUGUCCAAACCAGCAUUCCAAAAAAGCCGAGGCUGACUGUGCCAAGUUCUAAGGUCACAAAUAACUUCAUCAUUUCUCAAGGUAAUCGCAACAGCGAUUCCGGAUUGAAUAAACCGCACACUACAAAUAAAUUAUCCUGUACGGCCAGCAUGAGUCGAAAUCUUGUUCAUUGUAAGGGACCGGACAACUCAGGUAUGAUAAAUUGCUCAAUAGGUGAUGACGUGGCAUGCGAGAUCCAAAGAUAUCCUUUUCAGACAAGAAGCUCUAGUGGUUGCUUAUCAGCUGCAGGUCCUGAUCAAGUUGCAGCUAAGAUAUCCAGACAAAACGGCCAAUCAGCUCCAAUCAUGUCCGAUUCCGUAUUGAGGAGGUGUGAUGUUGAAGCAUUGUCGAAGACAGGAUGGGAGACCCGCUUCGAGCUCUUGAAUGCUAAUGAUCUAGACGUCAGAUCAGAAGCCACAAGCUCCCAGUAUGGUGUUGAGAAUUUUCUUCUAAAUACUACAGAACAUUUUGGGUCAGCUGGACCGAGUGUGUUCCAAUUUCCUUACAAGAAGAGACCUCAUAACUGGAGUUCGUACCUAGCGGUUGCUGCUCCAGGGUGUUUUGAACAGCCGAUCUCCAUGGAGCAUGCUCAUUCAGGAUUCUUCGUGGACGUCAACAAUCGGAGUCCGCUGCCAUGUUUCAGACCUCUUUACUACCUGCAACAACUCUUGACGCCUCAGCAAGUUGAGCAUGUUACAGCUCAAAAUCCAGCAUUCUUAUUCCAUUAUGUGCACUACUUCAGGGUGCUCUACCACAAGCUCUCAGCACAAGCCACACAGAAGGGUGCUACUAUUGACCAAGCGGUAGUCCGUCCAGUUGCUGAGCAUGGAGCGGUAGAGAUGCCCUGCCAACUUCAUGAGAGAGAAUCAAACGGAAGCGCUUCUCCUACUCUCGUUCCUGCACCUACCCUCCAUCAGCUGUUGAUCCCCUUUUCUCGCGGAGGACCAUGGUUGAAGAAAGAGUCGAUGACUGAUCCGAAUUCCCACCACACCCGCUGCCAUAGUCCGGUCUCCACUCAUCACGUUGAUCACCCAACGACUGAAGAACUCUUGGAGAGAUGAUUAUAAUUUAUACGCUCGAUGAGCAAUUGUUAUCAUUUAACACCUCAAUGGCUCUCAACUGUAGCCUCAAAACAGAACUGGCUUCAGCCACGACAAUGGUACGAAGAAGACAACCAAGGCCUCCAUUACAAAUCCUUCACCCAUAAACCGAGCCACCUAUUCAUAGGACUACAGUCUUGCUAUUUACUAACCUCUGAUAUUGUUUAUAAGUAGCGUAGUUUUUCCCCUUUUCUUUUCUUUUCAAUUUUGUCAUUUUAGGAGAUAAUUAAAAAAAAAAAAAAAAACUUUUCUGUAGGAUAUCACAAUUUACACAUUCAUCACGGACCAUGUAAACAAAAUUCCAUCUCUUGGCAACAUCAAAUAUGUAAUCAUGGAAUCAAUUGCAAAUCAA